ACCCAAGUAUUUUAGCAGACUACUUUCGUUAUUUGAUCACGUGAUAUAUUCGCGUCAUAGGAGCAGCAAAUAUUAUGCGCAAUUUCUAUUUGACAUUAUAGUUGGUAAUAUUUGUAAAACUUUAAAAUGGCAUUUUACUUCUAACAUAAUUUUGGUGAAUGAUUAAAUAAAUAAAGAAAUUUUAUUUAUGUGCUGCAAUAUUUUAAAAGUUUCAUUUUAAUUUCGAAACUACAAAAAUAUUUGCAUCCUUCAUAUCCUUGGGAAAACUCUCUUUCGGUUUUCAUGGCGGAUGUUAUUGCAACGGGAUUUUGUGUGUUCUAGCGCCGAUAGGUGCUUGAAUGCACAUAUUAUCUGUGUCAUAUGGACACCGAUAUGGAUGACGAUUAUCAGGCGGCGGAUAUAGAGCAUGAGGGGAUGAACGUGGGCAUUGAACCAAGGAUAACUAACCGUGCCCAGGGUGGGGUUCGCACUGACAAGACCAGGUUUAUACGGCCUGUAGAGAGGCAGCGGAUGAGACCAUGGCUAAUUGAUCACCUGGAUCAGAAUGAUAUACCUGGUCUAGUCUGGCAAGAGAGAACUGAAAUGAUAUUCCGUAUUUCCUGGAAACAUGCUGCCAACCAAUGUUUUAAUAUGCAGAAAGAUACUAACCUGUUUGAAAGAUGGGCCAUACACACUGGACGUCAUCAAGAUUCUGACCAUAAGAGAUGGAAGGCAAACUUCCGUUGUGCUUUAAACAGCUUGCCAGAUGUCACCGAAAUGAAAGAGCAAGGUGUGAAGAAGGGUAACAAUGCAUUUAAGGUUUACAGAUUUUUGGAUGAAAAAGAGGCUAAAUUGAGUAAAGAUGGAAAACCUCGGAAAAAGAAAGAACCUUUAGAAUACAAAGAUGACAGUCAACUUGUGAAAUUUAAGGAAGGGUUUGUGAUGUCAUAUGACUCUGGAGAAGGAACAUCUUAUGAAGGAAGUGGAGCGUCUGGUUCCAGUAUUCCUAACUUACAUCAGCUGGUUCCCUCAGGCGUUGAUAUGCUUCUUGAAGCAGACAGCAAGGAUAAUGUACAGCCCAUUGUUGGCGGUAUGGACAACUUACAGGAAAUACUGGCUGCUGCUACUGCAUCACUAGCUGCUGGUGGGGAUGCUGUUGCCUUGGAGAAGAUCUCUAUUGAGCAGCUUAGUCGUCUUGGUGAGGUGUCAAAGAUGAAGCUCGAUAUUAGGCAGAGUGAUCGAAAACGAAGAAAGAAGGAAGUUUCUGGAAUUCUCAAUGUGUUUCUGUGUAAUUGGUGCGAGAAAGUGUUUCCUACAAAGGUGGACUUGUUCCAGCAUUUUCUCAUCAUACACCAGGACAAGUUGUUGUCAGGGGAAGAAUAUGGUGCUCGGAAACACACCCAGCCAACAGAAAAACUACAGCAAGAAAUUGAGGACCUUGAGAAAAAAGUCCUGGGCUUUACACAGGAUAGUUAUCAGAAUGAGUCGGAGGAGGUAAUAGAAGAUGGCCAAGUGGUUGAUUUAUCCUCAAAUAAUUCAAUGACAAGUUCAGAAGUUUAUAUAGAGGAUCAAGUCUUGGACCUCUCUGUGGCUGGUGCUCUUGCCAAACACCCUCAAUCCCAGAUACCAGAAGUUGCCCUUGACUUGUCAAUGAGUACAUCUAAACAGAAGACAGGCCAGAAAAGUACUGUUUCGAAAAUGGUACAAAAACGUAGGCGAUCAAAUGCCACAGAUGGAGAUUACUCAAACAAAUUUGGAAAUUAUGGCCUGGCAGGUGAACCACGUACAAAACGCCAGUUGUCAUUGUUACUUAAACGUAAGGAAGAGGAAGAAGAAAAGGCAAGAAAACAUGCCGAAGCACAGCAUUCAAUGGAAGAUCUUGUUCAUGCUGAAAUACUUAUUUCCCUUAAAAGUGGAUCAAAAGAUGAAAAUGAGACUGAAAGUAUGGAACUUGAAAAUGGUGAUGAAAAGGAUGGGAAAGAGGAUAAGAAAUCUCUAACUUCAGAAAUAGAACAGACUGAAGGUGGGUUAAAGGAGAUGGGUGAACAAGAUGGUAUAAAAACUGAAGCAGUGGAGGAAGAAGAGAAACUUGAUGAUGAGACAGAAGAAGUUGAGGAGGAAGUUAUUUCUAUGGAAAAUGUGUUUUACAUGGAGCUUAAUGAUGGAAGCAAAGUAGCUAUUUCAAAGCAAGUAGAGAUACCACUUUCAGACCCAGAAAAAAGUGAUGAAGAUGAAGCCAAAAACAAGAAUGGUGUCACUGUAUUACAUGAAAGCGUAGAUAAAUCAGAAGAUCACAUUGUUAAACAGAGUGAGCAGGAUAAUAGUUCAGGAAAGCCAUACAAAUGUGCUUUAUGUCCCCAGAGAUUUGAGGAUCCAAAAGAAUUGUUAACUCAUGUUUCAGUUCACAAAACCGAAUAUAAGUGUUCAGUCUGUAUGAAUGUAAUGACAGAUAAAGAUGUUUACCUCAGCCAUAUUGAGUCUCAUCUCCCUGCUGGAAAACAUGGUCACAUAUGUGAUGUUUGUAAUGUUCAUUUUUCAACUGUUGAAGAACUGCAGAAACACAAUAAAAGUCAUGAGUCUGGCACUAAGUUAUACAAGUGUGGAAACUGUGGGAAAAACUACCAAACAGUGAAAGAAUGUGUUAAUUGUGAAAUAUGUCUUCAAGCAAAGGGUAAAGUGAAAGAAGUUGCAAGUAAAGGUUCUAAGUUAGAACUAAAAGUUGUCCUUAAUGAUAUAAGUAAAACUAAACCGGUAGUAACAAAAGUUGGUAAAUCUGUAAAUGAAAAAGGUGCUGCAGAGGCAGGUGAUGUGGCUAAAAGCAUUUCUGAUAUUGAAAGACAGGAUGAUUUAAAAGAAAAAAUUCAUAACACCGGUCAAAAAAACUUGAAAGGUGAACCAGUGAUAACCCCGGUCGCUGGUUCAGAAAACCUUACGGGCAUUAUCAGCACAGUUAUUGCAGAUAAAAAUAAUGUUUACUUAGACAAGCAAGACACUUCAUCGAGAAAAUGUUUAUCACAAGAAUCAUUUGAACUACCCAUGGACUGUUUAGAAGACAACUGUGAAGAAGUAAGACCAAAAGAUGUCAAAAAUGAUGUUGUUGAUGGUGAAAACAGUGAAAAAAUGUUAGAAAAUAUGAAAACAGAGGUUCAGGUAUUCCCUAAAGAAAAUAAAAUUGUUGAAGAGAUAGACAAAAAUGUUUUAAAACCAGUGUCAUUGGCAGAAAAAGUAACAAAGACAAGUAGCGAUGUUAUUAAUUUUACUGAAAUUAAAGAAGUGAAGAAAGAAAAGCUUAAAGUUGCUGAAAAUGAUUUUGUUGAAACAUCCACAACUGAAGAGAAAUUAGCCAAGGGAAUGCUUCAGAAGGAACAGAAAUGUAGUCAAUGCCAAGAAACAUUCAAAUGUGAAGAAGACAUGAUUAAACAUAUGCAAUCUCAUAAAGAAACCAUUGAGGAUAAAAUUGGGAAGAAUAUCUUCCAUUGCGGAAUAUGUGACUUAAAACUUAAUAUAAAUGAUGUAGAAUCUCAUCUACAAACUCACAAAGCCUCUAAGCCUGGUAAACCAUGCUGUGAAGAAAUUGAUGAUGAUAAAUGUACGUGUGUCAUUUGCAAAGAAACUCUUCCAGCGAAUAGACUGGACACUCAUUUGAAGUCGCAUUCUGUUUAUGACCUUUCAAAAUCACAAAAUGUAAUGCUUACUCAAAGAUUAGUAUCAACCAGAGUUGGCAUGGGUAAAGGUAAAAUGCCAUUUAUUUGUAAUUUAUGCAGUUAUAAGUUUGCAACUUUUGCAGAUCUAAAGCUGCAUGUGAAAACACACCUUGGUCCAAGAAUUUGUGUUGAAGACUCAAAGACAGAGAUUAAAAAUGAAAAAACAGAUUCAAUCAAGAAAGAAGUUGUUAAUAAAAAAGCAAGAGGAAAGAAAAGAAAAGACACGGAUGAGAAGAGAAUCACAGGGAAGCGACCAAAAGGAAGGAGAUAUAAACUAAGUUCUAAGGUCUUGAAAGUGAAAGGCAAACAAGAUGUAAAGGUGAAGAAUGAAGAUCAAAAAGAUAUUAAAGUAAAAGCAUCUCCUACAAUAACUGCUGCCUUAAAAAGUGGACCAAAAUAUAGCCUAAGCACUUUAACAGAAGGUCAGGAUGCAAAACAUAUCAAGCAUUCAUCUCAGGCCAGACAGAAAGGUGAUUCAUCAAUAGCACAGAUAGUUCAACUUGAAAAAGGGUCUGUUGUAGUACUAAAUAAUGGUGAAAUGGUUGUGAGAGAAGAGGAUAAGGACAAACAGAAAGAUUUGAAAAGAAAAAAUAAAGUACAGCUAGAAACUGUCUCCACGAAAAAACACAAAUCCACAAAUGAAAAUCUCUCAGAACUAAAUGAUUCUUAUGGAAAAAAACUGGUCAAUAAACCUGAUGAUGAUGGUAAGAAGGAAAGUUCUGUUGAAAGUUUUGGAGUUAAUAAUCAAAGUAAAAACAUUCAGCAACAACAGUUUGUCAAAACAGAGCCUACAGGAUCAGUGAAUGUAAUUUCACCAGCCUCAUCAGCGGAAUUAAUUGAUAAAAGCAAGGCUGGAAUGAAUGCAAAGGCUGCUACCUUGUACAGACUCCAGCAGAAGAUAUUGCUUGUUAAGGAAGGAGGUGUCAAAGUAGCAACACCAGUGUUAAGUCCUUUAACAGUUACAGUUGUAUCCAGUCACUCGGACUUGGUUACUCAAAGUAGACCAUUGACCAGACAAGCGAUCAGUGGAGUCACAAAACCAACAGUCUUGGCAAUAAAUAAAUCAUCAAUGAUACCAUGUGCUUCAGCAGGCAAGACACAAACAAUAAAAGGAUUAGUAAAAAAUCAAAGUAUACCAACUCCGUCUGUUCAUGUUGGAAAUGAAUCUCAUAAACAAGAACCAAAUGUUCAAUCAGCUCUUUCACAGACUCCAUUAUCAUUGAGCACAAAGUCAUUGAACAAUACAGUGGUAUCCACUGCUUCUCCACAGGCCUAUAUUCUGAGUUUAUCAUCUGCAAUACCUGUCAGCACUGUUUCCCCAAUUCCUGUUGCCUUUCCACAAACAACUGGCAUCAACCUUCCAGUAUCAGCUUUGGCCAGCCGAGUUUUGAAAAUGCACACUACUGGAGCUAGUACUGCUGCAGUUUCGUCCUCUGUCAGUUUGUCAUCUACUUCUCUACCAGUUUCGUUAGUUGGAUCUUUGCAGAACCAGUCUCUUAUUCUAACUAGAGUUACCCCAGGUGUUCCUGUAAUGGCAUGCAAUUCCAAACAAACAAUGACAGGUGUCACUUCAAUCAAUACAGCGCCAUCAAACAUUUUAACAAGUAUGACUUUACAACAGCAGCAGCAACAACAACUCAAUAUGCUGAAGACAGUGAUUGGCAGAGUAAAUCAACCAUCUAUAGUUAACAAACCAGCAAUUUCACCAGUUUUGAUUACACAGGGAGGUUUGCAGCAGUCAGCACCUAGUUCAGCAAAGUUUCCCUUUUCAAAUAUAAUAUAUGCUCCACAAACUAGCAGUGAAAUCCAGACAGUAGACACGGCAAAAGCAGUCAGUACUACAAAGCCCCAAUCAUACCAAUUGAUGUGGUUACCAGUUGGUCAGCAAGCUCCCCCAGUUCAAAUGAAGCCUUCAGCCAGUGUAACAGAAGCUGCACCUAAGCGUCAAUUUGAGCAAAGUCUCUGUUUGGAAAACACUGUUUUGGGAGCUAAGUUGAGAGCCAAGAGUUCCCCAGCAUUUAACCAGACCAGAGCCAGUCACUGUAGUACAACCCAACAAUCGGGAAAGGUUUUUUCCCCACCAUCUGUAACACCAACCUCCUGUUCGGCAACUUUUUCUUCAAAGGAGAAAAGUCCAUUGGCUUUACAGGUUUCAUCUAACUCGACAUUACAAAGUCCAGAUGAUGUAAAAGUUUUGUCAAACAAAUCGGCAAUUCAGAUUUUAGCUGGCAUGUCAGAAAGUGGGCUGUGCUUAGCAUGUGCUAUUUGUAAGCAGUCACUGAGUAACAUAGAACAGAUUUCCACCCAUAUUUGUAAACUCUCUUUUGAAAAUACAUCUCUAAAAAAAGUAAUGCCACCUUCUAAAGAAAAGAAGUUAGAGACUGUUACAGAAUCAACAGAAGCUGGUACUACUUUAGAAUCAAAGGCUGUAAACAGUAUCUCAGUUUUGAAAGAAGGAAAAGUGACCACACCUUUGUCACAAUUACCAGUUAAACUAUCUACCUUGCCAUCCACAACUGUAAGUGAGACACCUGUUUCCACAACAACAACAACAACUAACUUGCCUACUCAAAAGUCUGCAGUUACAACAUUUGUUGAAAAUGUACCAAAACCAUGUAUAGAUGCUGCAAAUGAAUCUUUCAUAAAGUCUAAAUCACUGGCUAGUUCAACUGAAGCUGUUGACUUGGUCAAAGCUGUUGCAAAAGAUUCUGAACUGGAAAGUGAAAUUGAAGUAAACAUGCCAAGUGAAGAUGAUUUGAAUGUUUGUGGCAAGGAUGAAGAUGAAAUCGAUGCAGAGGGGAACCUUCCUGAGGUUGAUAUACAAAAGGGAUCUUAUUUUAGUCAGACUUUGACAGGGAAAACAACACCUAAAGUAGAACAAGUAAUUACACUGUACCCAUGUGUGAUUUGUAAGAAGACAUUCACAUUGGAGAAUUUCCGUAAGCAUGCUAAAAAACAUAUAAUGGAUUCAAGCAUGGCGGAAGUAACCUACCAGGAUGAUAACCUACCUUUAAUGGCGGGAGAGGAAAACUGCCCUCCUGGAGAAUUGGCUAUGAGAAGAAUCAGCAAACCCACUGAGAGUUCAAGGAAAAGUGAUAUCUACAUGUGUUGCUUCUGUUUCAUAACCUAUGAUCAUGAAACUACUCUCUCUCAACAUUAUACAACAGCUCAUCCCACAAUGACUGACUACUUAUGCCCAGCAGAUAAUUGUGCACAAAUAUUCUUUGAUGUGCAAGGUUGUGAUAAGCAUUAUGCAUUGAAACACCAGCAUGAGUGCCGAUUUUGUCUUCAAAGAUAUCGCACAUAUGUAGAAUUUCAGGCACAUAUUGUACAGCAUUACAAGAACAGAACAUUGACAUAUUUUUCAUGUUUGAAAUGCAGAACACGAUUUGCAAAUAAAACUGCUUUCUAUAGACAUUGCAGAUCAGCUCUGUCAAGUGGAUGUCCGAUAUCCUAUUUGGAAAAGCGCAUUAAUUGCCAACAGUGCCAAUGCUGUUCAAUAAAUUUCACAAGUAACGAAUGUCUUAAGUUACAUUUCAAACGCAAAUUCUAUCAAGGAGUCACAUUUAGAUGCUGCGUCUGCAGAGAGGCUAUUUGUACUAUAGAAGAUAUUGUGAAUCAUAUGUCGAACCAUUUUCCAAUCUCUGAUGAUAAACAGGUGUGUUUCUGUCACAUCUGCUGUGUUAUUUUCCCAUAUAAGUCUGUUCAUUCGCAUCAUUUGUCUUCAUCAGAUCAUAUUCGUGCUGAAACAUUGCACCAGCGCCUGCUUGACAAAUACAAUCAUGUAGUGAAAAAUGAUGACAAUGUGAAAUUGCCAGACAGCAUUGAAAAGGAGACGGACAAUGUUCUCCAAAAUGAGAGAAUAUCUGAAGAUGGCAAAGUUGAAUCUGAAACUAUAUUGACAGAUAACUGUGGAAAUCACAAAGGUGGUAAAGUUUCUGAAUCAUCUGUGUUUUCAUGUAAAUUGUGUGAUGUUUGUUUUAAAACAUCAUUUGACUUAAAGCAGCAUGAAGUUAUUAGCCAUGCCAGUACAAGACCAGUAAUAAAAAGAUUUAUAUAUAACUCUGGAGGGACAUAUAUACAAAACUACCGUAAGCGUAGUGCGAGAAAGAGUAUAGUUUGUGAAUUUUGUGGGAAAAGAUUUUUUCAUAUUAAUGAUCUGCGUUCACAUAUAAACAUUUCUCAUAAUGAUGAGCUGUUGUUAGCGUGUAAAAACCCUGAUUGCAUAAUGAAAUUUAACAGUAUUUACGAGUAUGAUGUCCAUGUAUGCAAAAGCCUAUCAAAAGGAAAGGAUAUUGCAGAUGUAUCGUGCUCGAUGGUAGAUGCAGGCCAACCUUCCGUGAAGAGUAUGAAGGAGUACAUGCUUCAGUAUUACGUAGAAGAUUGUAAAGAAUUACUAGAUACAGUGGCCACCACUGUUGAGAGUGUUCAGGAACACCUUGGUGACCAUUUCUCGUGCCAGUAUUGUGACAAGCGUUUCCAUAGUUGCGAACAAUUAAAGUUUCACCUCAUAAAUCAACACACGGAAAUAUUGGCACAGUGCGUUGAUUGUAUGGAAUAUUUUUUUCAUCAGAGCACUUUAUUGGAACACAGACGGGAAUGUGCUGUUAAGGGGUUUUCGGACGAAGAUUUCCACACGAAAAAGAAAUUACUAGGUUGCCAUGUCUGCUUUAACUCAUUUUUGUAUAUCUUGGGACUUUCAAAGUACUUGCGGGAUUUAAAAUUCUUGUCAGAGAAGUAUAAAUCAAGUGGAUCUAAGUGCUUUUCAAGAAAAGGUGUGUUUGAUUUGAAACAUGAAGGGGAAUGUGGCAUAGAAGAGAAUAGCACAGUUCCUUUUAACAAUUCAAGGAAAUUUGUUUGCAUCAGUUGCAAAAAUGAAUACUGCAAUGCUGAAGACUUCUUCAUAUGUAUGCAGUCACGACUGACCACGGAAAGGAAUAGGGAGAUAGAAGAAGAAGCUAACAAGGCAGGGUCAAAUAACGAAUCUCUUAGGUACACGGUGGUUGAAGGUGAUGACGGAAGCGUGUCAUUGUUCGGAAAGUCUCAGAUCGAUUUGAAGAAUGUGUUUUCCUGCAACGAGUGUGAAAGCAUUGUGUGUUACCAAGAUGGUGGAAUUUGCUCGGCAAGUCUGAAUCACCCGUGUACUGGAAAUAACACAUUGAUCAAUGAAAAAAGUAUUUGCUGACCUGAUUUCGUUAUGUGCGUGAAAUGCAGUAUCUUGAUAAUAGGUAGACUUUAUGAAUAAGCAAGUGCAAAAGACUAUGGCUUCAGUGUAUAUAUGUGUUUAUUGAAGUUACCUCAGUUGAAGUAUGGUGCAUCAAGUCAAAGAUGUGUGUCAAUGAAAAAUACUCUUUAGCAGUAGUUGAGCAGACUAUAUAUAAUUGACUUACUCUGAAAUUCAGAAUAUUUCGGGUUUUCCAAGCUAAUCCCAGGGUACGUGUGUGUAUACAAACUCAAAAUUACAGUUAUAUGUUACUUACAAAAAAUAAGUACAACAUAUGGAUUUACCUAUUAUGACGGUAAAAGUUUGUUUGUAUCAUGGGUUUAGUUUUGAAAAGUCCAGAUAUGCCAAGUUGCAGACAACAUCUAUUUAGACUGAUUUCGAGAGAAAUGAUUCUUUAUGCUGUUCAUAAGGUGUAAAUUUAAAGUACAAUUCUUCAUGAUUUGUUAACGAUAAGUACAUACCAAUAAUGAAGACCAUACCUAACUAAAUAAUGAAAAUAGUGCUGAAUUUUCUGGAAUUGCAUGAUGGGUCAAAUUACUACAGGUUUAGCUUAUAUGCUUUAUGACAACUGGUCUAUUGCUAUAGACCAAACUAUAUGCUUGUAUAAAUGAUUUGUUUUAUUGAUCCUAAAUUUUGUUAAGUUAAAACUCUUGACCAGAAGCAAAUUUUUAUUACAUUAAGAAAAAGGACUUCGAUGAAAUUAUAAACAAAAUUUUGCAUUUUUAGCUCACCUGUCACAAAGUGACAGGGUGAGCUUUUGUGAUCACUUUUCGUCUGUCGUCUUUCCGUCGUCCGUAAACUUUUACUUUAAAUGACAUCUCCUCAUAAACCACGAAGCCAAUUUCAUCCAAACUUCACAGGAAUGUUCCUUUGGUGGUCACCUUUGAAAAUUGUUCAAAGAAUUUAAUUCCAUGCAGAACUCUGGUUGCCAUGGCAACCAAAAGAAAAAACUUUAAAUAUCUUCUUCUAAGAAACCAAAAGAGCUAGAGCUUAGAUAUUUGGCAUGAAACAUCUUCUAGUGAGUGUCUACCAAGUUUGUUCAAAUAAAAGCCCUCGGGUCAAAAUUGGCCCGCCCCAGGGGGUCAUUGAUUUUCCCUAUAUGCAUAUAGUAAAAACUUAAAAAAUCUUCUUUUAAAGAACCCAAAGAGCUAGAGCUUAAAUAUUUAGCAUGAAACAUCUUCUAAUGGGUGUCUACCAAGUUUGUUCAAAUAAAAGCCCUGGGGUCAAAAUUGGCCCGGCCCUAGGGGGCCAUUGAUUUUCCCUAUAUGCAUAUAGUAAAAACUUUAAAAUCUUCUUUUAAAGAACCAAAAGAGCUAGAGCUAAGAUAUUUAGCAUGAAACAUGUUCUAAUGGAUGUCUACCAAGUUUGUUCAAAUAUGAGCCCUGGGGUCAAAAUUGGCCCCGCCCCGGGGUCAUUGAUUUUCCUUAUAUGUGUAUAGCAAAAACUUAAAAAAUCUUUUUUGAAAAAAACCAAACUCAAAUAGCUAGAGUUAAGAUAUUAAGCACAAAGCAUCUUCUAGUGAGUGUCUGCAAAGUUUGUUCAAAUAAAAGCCCUGAGGUCAAAAUUGGCCCAAUCCCCGGGGACAUUGAUUUUCCUUAUAUGUGUAUAGCAAAAACUUAAAAAUCUUCUUUGAAAAAACCUGAAUAGCUAGAGUUUAGAUAUUAAGCAUGAAACAUUUUCUAGUAAGUGUCUACAAAGAUUGUUCAAAUAAAAGCCCUGGGGUCAAAACUGGCCCUGCCCCAGGUGUGUCAUUGUUUUUAUCUAUAUGUGUAAAGAAAAAACUUGAAAAAAUCUUCUUUUAAAAAACCCAACGAGCUAGACCUUAGAUGUUUAGCAUGAAACAUCUUCUAAUGGGUGUCUACCAAGUUUGUUCAAAUAAAAGCCCUGGGGUUUAAACUGGCCCCAGUCCAGGGGCCUAUAUACAGAUGAGCGCAUUCAGGGCCAUCAUGGCCCUCUUGUUUUUCUUUCUCGAGUAAAGAGGAUUCUAUAUCUAAUAUACAUGUAUUUUAGAGUAAAAACAGUGUGUUUGAGAUGGACAUUUAAAGUUGUAAUGCUGUAAUAUGGACAUUUAUACCACAGUGAGUUCAAUAAGUAAAAUAAUGUCUCAACUCUCAAGGGAAGUAAGGGUUUAACCACAGCAUGUUUUUAAUGUAUUAUAAUUAUAAACUUAGGGUAAUCAUUUGUGAUACUUAUGUCAUGAUAUCAUCAUAAUAAAGACAAUGAGUUGCAUCAUUAAUGACAUCACCUGAUGAUUCUUUUUUAUGUUUUAUUAUUUUUUUUUGGUAUUUUUAUAUUUUGUUGUCGAAAAAAUAUAGUUUGUAUGUAUGUGUUGCCAUAAUUAUGAGGUAGAUGUAAAAUGAAUGUAAUGACACUUCUGUAAGAAAUGUUAGUAAGAUACGUAAAGGUAAUGUCUGAUAACAAUUUUCUAGGCUUUUUAUUAAAGCAGCAUGCCCACUUCAGAUUUUUGUUUAUUUCUGCGAAAGCAUUAAAUGAUAGGUUUAAUAAAUAAUGUUGCCAAGUUAUUUAACCUACACUACCUUACUUGCUGUCCAUAGAAUUAGCGUGUCAAAAUAUGCAAAAAACAUUUUUCAUUUGGGUAAAAUUAAAAAGAUUCUUUCAUUGGGGUAGAAUUUUAACUAUAGAAACAGUAAGUCUGUCAAAUUUUAAACAUUUCUAGUUUCACCUGAAUUAUGAAAAAAAAGAAAAUUUAUUCACGUCAAAAUAUGCAAAAAAUUGUCAUGCUCCAUUUGUUAAAUAAGGUAGACUUUUAGUGAUAAAGUUAAUAAAUUCUGCCAUACUCAUAAUUCUGUGAAAUAUCUAGUUUGGGAAUAUAAAUUAUUUAUAAAAUUAUAUUUCUCAAGUUUGCUUAUUGAAAAUUUCUUUCAACUGUCAGGAAACAAUUGGCCCUUUAGGUAAAGUCUAUAUAGUAUGUGAAAUUCUUGCAUAUUCUAUAAUAAUAUAUUUGCAAAUAUUUAAUUUUAUUGAUGUGUAUUUUGUCUCAAAUGGUCUAUAGAAAGUUGUCUUUGCCAAGUCAACUGAUUAAUAACUUAAUUUCUUCUCUUUUUUCGCACCAUUAGAUUUUAAAAUUUUAGGUAGUUUCCUUAUCAAAAUACUUGUACUAAGAAAACUCUAGUCAAAAGAAAAUGUAUUACUGCAUUAGAAUGCAUUGUAGAAAGAAAUGUUAGUUAUUUCACAGGAACUAAAAAAAAUCAGUUAAGUCAUGUUUCCUGUAAAAACAAUACCCCAUUCCGAUAUAUAAUGUGUUCACAUAUAUUGGGAUAGGAUAUUUUUAUAGUAAAUCAAACUUCACUGCAAUUAUUGAUAAAGUUUCUGUGCUUAUUUAAAGAAAUACCGUAAAAUUCCUAUUUAAACGCCCCUUCCCUAAUAAAGGCCCAACACCUAAGUUUUUUUUAAUCUACUCAUCAGUGAUGAACUCAAAGAGUAAAUCAAUAAUUUUUAUAGGAACCAAAAAAAUGUAUCCUAUAAACUUUAAAACUUUAAUGUUAUUAUGAAAACUUGUUUAACACCAAGCAUAUAAUUUACAAUGAUUUUUUGAUUUAGGAAAAACUGUGUUUUAAAAUAAUGCAGCCCCUUUCAAAAAUGUUUAACCCCUGGGGCAUUUAAUAGGAAUUUUACGGUAAUUAUGGCAUGUUAAGGUUACCAGUCCAUCUUUAAGCAAAGAUAUUUUUAUACCGUAUUUAACAUAGGAUAAUCAUCUUACAAGGAAAGAAAUUGUACAGUUGCUGUAUGGAGUUUGACUCUUAUUACAGAUUUAUGAAUUAUACAUACCGGGUACUUGUAGAAUAUAAUUAUAUUGUAACAAUGUAUGUAAAUAGAUUUUUAUAAUCGUCUGUAUAUAUUGCAUAGAAUAAACUAGAAAAAUGAA